AUGGCUGAAUACAAAUUCCAAGAAAGAAUUACUCUGCCACGGAAUCUCGUCAAAUUUUUUAUCGUAUUUGAUGCCAAGAGAGAGCUAGAACGAAGGAAAAGAAAUCAGAAGAGAAGAAGAGAAACAAUGGAAGAUGUGAGCAUGGAAAACAAAAAAUACGUAGACGGCGCUGCAAUGAAAAAUAAUCCAACGCAGGAAAUAAAUGAUGUUUCCGAGACAACAAAAACUAAAAAUGUUGUCUCGUCGCGCAACCAUCCCGCGACGAAAAUUUCAUCAAAUUUGUUGCCUAACAGUAAACAUCACGUUAAAAAACUGCCAUUAGGAGCAGUUGCAGCAACAAAAUUGAAAAAUUUGUCCACAGAGAAAAAGAAUAUAGUUAAUGAUGCUAAUUUGCAGUCUGCGAAUUUCACUAGAAAAACAACACCGAACAACAAAAUGUCAAGAAUAUUCUCGACGACACCAACAACUAAACUGCAACUAGCCUAUACAACUGCUAAAAAAAUAAUAGAAACCAAAUACACCCCGCCAGAUCAUAUCUCUGCAAGAACAGACACAACAACAACAACAGAAAAAAUCACACAACUGCGUAGCAACAAGACAAAUCUAGGCACCGCAACAAGUAAUGCAACUCGAUCGCCACCCAACAAACAACCCCUUUCAAAACUGAAACUUAUGCAAACAAUAACCCAGCAACAACAGCAGCAGCAGCAACAACAACAACAACAACAACAACAACAGCAACAACAGCAACUGAAACAUCCAAAACAGACGCACUCACAGCAACAACUCCAGCAACAACUAUUUAAUAACUUUGCCGACGAUCAUUAUCAAUCUUACGAAAGUCCAAUGAAUAGACACGAACAUCAAUCUACUAGCGACAAGCAAUUACAUCAAUCGCGACAGCCGCUGCAGCAACAUUUUUCAUCACACAAACCACAACAUUUUUCUGACAAUAAAAAAUCAAAGCAACGACAAAACAAAGACGACGACGACAAAAACAAAAAUAUGAUUUCUCUUCUGUCCCGAGACACAAAACUUUUCAUGCAAAAUUCAGCUCGCGUGCAACUGACUCUACUCAAAAAUCAACAAGAUCUCCAACUGCUGUACCAUCGACAGCACAAACUGCAACAACAACUUCAGCAACAACUGGAUCACAACAAAACCAGCAACACAAUCUACCGAGACAACAAUCUCAAAACAACAAAACACAUCAACAAAAUUUUCACCAACCACAUUAGAAAGAACAUCAACACCAUCACCAACAUCAACAACAUCACAGAAAGCUCUCCAUUUAACGCCCAUGACACAUUAACUUCAUCUGAACAAACGCUGUGCCAAACAACAAAUUCAAACCAUGAUACUGGAGGUGUUGGUUUGGAUAAAGACAAUGUGACAAACGAAAAUCAAAACAGCUGUGCAAGUGGUGAAGUUAUCAGAAAUCGGCUGGAGAUGCAGAGGCGGGAAACUAUCAGGAUGGCCAUAACGAACACCAUGCUUGUGAAGGAGAAUGAACUUUAUAAGAAAUUUGAAGAAUUAAAGGCAAAAGACAAAAGCAGAGAUUUCCUAUUGAUUGACAUCCACAAAAAUUUGCGUGCCCUCCUAGCCAACCGAAACAACAAUUACUCAGCAGCCCUGUGCAAAUCCCAAUCCGUGAUUGAUUGCAGGAUGGCGACUGGUGCCUCGGUGUACAGUGGAGAUAAUGUUUUCCACAGCAGCAGCAACAGCAACAUCAACAAAUGUUUCAACAGUUGCCGAAAACACAUUCCAGGGUAUCAUUCGGAAGAACGCAUUCCUUGCAAAGACAUCAACAUCAUCAACAACAACACCAGCAACUACAACAACAUCGAAAUCAGCAGCUGUUUCAACCGCCAAAACCACAAGGACAACAAUUUAGCAAAACAAAUUGUUCCGCUGUUGUAG